UCAGAUCUCGGUUGAGCAUGGUGACUUGUUUGACAAAACAUACGACAUUACGACGUUACCGUAUUCUAACCACAGAAAGUAGGGUACAGUAGUGCUUCACAACUAUCGUAUGCAGUCAAACCACCCAAUAUAUAUAUCGAAUUUCCCAAGUUCCAAGAUUCUUGAGAAUUGGGGGGGAACGCCAUAUUAUCGUAAAGUUUGAGUCGUAUCCUGACAUUUAUUGGGGGGCAACCAGUAAGGCGGGCCCGAGUGAGGGGUCAACAUUGGUAGUGUAUUUUGGAUGACCGACCCUUUUUCUUUUUUAUCGGCUUUUUGGUAAGGAUGUCCUAAAUCGGCUUGAGUUGUUUAUCUACGUCGUGUUUUGCAUUUUGCUUGACAGGCCUGCCAUGCUUUUUGUGUGUGUUAUUUAAUAUAGACAGGUGUAUCGCCCAACUUGCUUUACUCCUCUUUCUUUCCUUCUAGAAAACCUUCCCCGGAAUUAAUAUAGUCUUCCUCACUUACUUUCUCUACGAAGAAUUAAUAUCGUCCAAAAGCUUCCAAUCUAUCAUCAAUUUCACCCAAUCUCAUCCAUCGGUCUGCUCCGGAUCAUUAGUGGAGAAAACGAAAGGUUAUAUAAUAUCACGGGACGAUCAAUCCUUCGCCUCACCCGUAUAUCAAACGUGACUCCACCAAUCACACAUCCCCUUCCUCCCCCUCGGUAGAAAAUCACCAUGUCCACCAAAACUCAAUCGCGCGGAUCCUCGCCCAGCAUGUCUGCUCGACCCAAACUCAUGCGAGCACAUGCCACGGCGCCUUCCCUCGUCACCGGAAAUGCCUCGCGUAAGGAUCUCGCGACGCUGCACGCUUCGACCAAGGCGGCGUCGAUUCUCACGCGGGUGGCGAGCUACUCGGCGCAGCAGGAUCACAUGAAUGGAGGGGCUUCGAGGAGAGAUAGCGGGAGUGCGUACUCGACGCCUGGGAAUCGCAGUCCUCGGAGUCCGGAGAGUGGGAGCGGGUUGGCGAGGAGCUGCAAGCAGGAGUUGGGGAUGAAAGGGUGUUCGGGUGGUUUUCAGUCAGCGGGCUACUUUAGUUUCCCCUCGUUUGAAGAUUUUCAAGGAUACCAAGAACCAAAUGAGAGAAUGGAACGUAAGAGUGUGUCGUGAGACACUCUCCACAAAUCAUUUGUUUGAAUGGUCGGGAUGGAAAAAAGAGAUGGAGAAAAAAUAAAGUACAUAAGGGAACGAGUCAAUCGUUCUUGAUCAUCAUCAUAGUAAUAGGUUCUUGGGCUGGUUCUUGGAACGAACAGGGUUUCGAUAUAUGGAUAUUCUUUGAUACCUUUUUCCGUGCAGCACACGGAUGGAAUGGACACAUGACAUAUGUGGACGGACGGACGGACGGGAUAAGUGUUCAGGGCGUCCGGAACACGGGACUGGUGGUAAUUCUUUAGUAAAAAAGUAUGGGGUGGGUCGAUUCGAUCACGAAUUGGAGGAUCUCUCGGCAGAUCCGGGUUGAGCUCCAAGUUCUCAUCUCGGAUUUCUGACGGAUGGGAUUGCCGUGGAUCAGUACGGUAUGGUAUGCUAUGGCAUACCAUUGAGGAAUGAAUGAGAUGUUAUCCCUCCUGGGGUAAACAGUGCUCCGUAUAUAUGGGUUAACGUUCGAAUCGGUGUACAUUGGGAAUCUGUAUUUAUGGCUGGCAUUCCUUCCUUACAUUAUAUACCCUUUCAUAUAUACAAUGGUUUUGGGCGUUGGUAUUCAUUCAAAGAAAUACCUGGUAUUUAUUUAACAAUCUAAUCGAACAUUUUUAAAAAGACGUUGUGGUUUUGUGU